AUGGUGAAAAAAAGGAGAGGAGGUGAUGGUGUGGAAGCUUAAAGUAAGUGUGAGAGCCAACGGUUUCAGUUUGAAGCUCCAUCUACGGAACCGGAUCUCGUUUCAACGAGUGUCAAUCCUCUUAAGAUUCCGAAAGCAGCAGCAUCAUCAUCUCAAAUCCAAACACUCAGAUUGCGGCAGAUGCCUAGGGAGUCUUCUUGCUCUCUUCCGUAGACGAAAACGGAAGAAGAAACUCAUGGAAUUGGUUUGGAAUCGAGCGGUGGCAAAGAAAGCAAGAGGCGUGGGUGUUGUGGUUACCCUCAUCCUCGUAAUCAUCAUCAAUUAUCUAGUGCCAUCACAUUCAUGGAUCAGCAGCGAAUCAUUCCGAUUAGAUUGUUAUGAAUUGUUUGGUAGUAUUAAAUAAAUAAAAGAAGCAUUUCCCACGAACGAACGAAUUCUUCUUGUCUGUCCUCCUUUUUGGACCAUUAUUGUAACCUCUUUCAACAUUUCAAUCUCUCUAAUCGGAAAGAGGAACAUAC